AUGAAAUUUGAUGGGGAGAUUGUGAAGUUUAAUGUUUACGAUGGUAUUAGUCAUCCAAGCAAAAUCUUGAGCGUAAACGGUCUUGACAAAAUUGACUCAUUAGUGGAGGAGACUUUUGAGUCAAUUUAUGAAGAUAAAUCUGAAUUUAUAUUUGAUGAUCAUGAAUUUGUUAAUGAAUUAUUGUCUCUAUCAAACACUAAACUUUUAACUUCUGUUGUGCAGGCUCUAGAUUUGGAAUUGAAACCGCUUCUCGAACAUCUUAAGUAUGCGUUUUUGGGGAAAGAUCAUAUAGUUUCAGCUAAGGGAAUUGAGGUCAAUAAGGCCAAAACUGAUAUUAUAAAAUCUUUGCGAUAUCCCUCUACUGUAAGGAAGAUACGUUCUUUCUUUGGCUAUGCAGGAUUUUACUGGCGUUUUAUAAAGAACUUCUCAAAAGUAGUUGAACCACUGUGCGAGUUAUUGCAGAAAGAUAAGAAAUUUGAGUUCGGCCCAAAAUGCAAGGAGGCUUUUGAUACACUCAAGCAGAAGUUGGUUUCCACUCCUAUAAUUCAAUCACCAGAUUAG